UGAACUUAUGACAUUGCGUAGACCCUCCGACUGGUGCUGCAAAUGGGCGGCAUAGGUGGCAAUUUUUACCUCAGUAUGUUGAAUGGGACUGAGACGCAAAGUUUUGGGAAAGAUGCCGAAAUCAACAACCACCAGCACCGCACCAAGGAUUUAGCCGACCUCAAAAUGGGAAUUCAAGACACCAGGUUCUACUACCAGGACUCUAUUCAAAACGGACCGGACAGUUUACCCCUGCCCUAUCAUACAAGCCAGACAGUUGCCGGAUUCGGAGCGCAACCCGGGAGGUUCUACUCACCAACUCCUCUCAGUAGCUGUCCCUUCAACAGCGUGAGAUCUCCAACAAGAAGCGGACCAGGACAGAAUUAUAUGCCGACAGGAAGCGAGGGUUUUGCGAAUACAGGCAAAGAAGUGUACUCGGCUGGUGGUGAAAGUUAUACUGCACCUUUUCAGCAUGGGUACCCCCGAACAUCCCUCUACCCCUUACCUGGGCUACAGGUGUGUGGCAAAACACAGGCACUGCUGAACAACUACCCGCUGUGGGCCAAAUUCCAUAAAUAUCAGACCGAAAUGAUCAUCACCAAACAGGGACGGAGGAUGUUCCCGUUCCUGAGCUUCAACAUCAGUGCCCUGGACCCCUCAGCCCACUACAACGUGUAUGUGGACGUAGUCCUGGCCGACCAGCACCAUUGGAGGUACCAGGGAGGCAAGUGGGUCCAGUGUGGCAAGGCAGAGGGGAAUAUGCCAGGUAACAGGAUGUACAUGCACCCAGACUCACCCAACACAGGGGCUCACUGGAUGAGACAGGAGGUCUCCUUUGGCAAACUCAAGCUUACCAACAACAAAGGCAGCUCCAACAACGUGGCACAGAUGAUUGUGUUGCAGUCGCUGCACAAGUACCAGCCCCGACUGCACAUUGUGGAGGUGAAUGAGGAUGGCUCUGAUGACCCUAUCCUAUCUUCUAAGGCCCAGAUCUUCAUCUUCCCCGAGACACAGUUCAUCGCAGUCACAGCCUAUCAGAACGCAGAUAUCACUCAGCUGAAAAUAGACCACAAUCCCUUUGCUAAAGGUUUUCGGGACAAUUAUGAUACGAUGUAUGCCCCUCCUGAUGCAGACCGGCUCACACCCUCCCCCACUGACGGCCAGCAGCUGGUCCCAGGCGCCUGCUACCCCCAGCCCUACCUGUCCGACCAGUACGUGAGCCCACUGCCUCAAAGCCGCUUCUUUAGCCGGGAACGGAUGGGCAUGGGCCAGCAACCCAAGGACCCCAGCGGUGGCCCCCAUGGCUGCUGGUACCUGCCCAGCCAGCAGGGGCCACCUUCGAGCCGGUUAGACUUCAACUCCUACGACAGUGACUUCUCCAGCAAUGCUUUCUACAAGCCUUUCCCCCUGCAGACAUCCACGCACCACCCUCUGGGCUAUUACCCAGACCACCACUUCGCCUCCGGGAGCGUCUCCGCCACCACUGCCACUCCAGGGGCAUGGAGCACAGGCCGCCCCUCCCCGCAGUACCUCAACCAUGCCCACCCCCACCCCGCCAAAGCCGGGCCCAGCCUGAGCUGGUUCCGCCCCGUGCCUCCCACCUCGUCAUCGUCCUCCUCCUCUUCGGAUGCCCGGUUGCAUCCGCCAGCCCUUGUGGAGCCACUUGCCCCACCCCCGCCACUGCAGGACAAGCCCAAGGACCCAGGGGAGGACCCCUGGCUGGAGCCGCCCUCCGUCAAGUCUGUGGACUCGGCCGACUCGGGCCUGUAUGAGGGGGCAGAGAACAAGCGACGGCGGGUGUCACCCUACGCUUCCAGUACCGAGAGCUCGCCGCCCAACCGCAGCACCGAGACAUGUGAGAAGGACAGCAGCAGCGACGCCGGCUACUAUGGCUUUUAUGCCAACUGAAUCCCCACCCCCUCCCACCUCCUGACCCUUCCCCUU